ACCACCACGAACCACAAUAUGAGCCUCAAUAAGAUCAAGAAGCGCGACUCGAGCGACUUAUGACUGAUGCGCUCGAAGGGCCAUGGCCAUGCCACCGUCAAUCUGGGCGCUGGCAUUGGCAGCGGCAGUCGGUACAAGGUUACGUGUGUGCCGGAAGUGAGCAUCACAUCGCCCACCAGUGGGGGCCUCCUCCAUGAGGCACCGUUGCCGCUGCCGAGUCCCAUCUCGAUCGCACAACAGCCCCAGCCACAGCCCCAGCCACAGCCACAGCAACAGGCGGCACAGAGCAAUGCGAAACACUUUGCGCUGCUCCAGCGCAGUCGCUCCCAGCCACAGGCACAGUCGUCGUCGUCUAACAGCAUUUUCUCCACGCCUUCAGGCAUAGGCCCUGCUGUGGGCGGCGCCACUCUGGUCGAGGAGGAGGACUUCAGCUUGGCAGCGGCUAGUGCCAGCAGUGUGGCCGCGAAGAACGUGCUUCAGCGCCAGUUGGCCACGACCACCAUCGUUCACCAGCAGCAGCAGCAGCAGCAGGAGGAUCAGGAUUUGGAUUUGGACAGCGAACGGGAACGGGAACCGCUACAGAAGUUACCCCUGACUUUGGAGGCGUCGUGCGAGCCACCCAACGAACUGACACCGCUCGUGGAGGAGGAGCCCAGUGCCAGUGCCAGUACCGCUGCCGCAGGCCCAUCGACAGGAGCCUCCACAAGCAAUCGUUAUAGCCGCAACUCAAAGACCACACGCUCCUGGCCCGUCAUCUAUCGCAAUCCGCAUCACUGCGACUACGAGGCUCUGUACAUCCAGCAGCAGCAGCAUCCGCAGGGAUCGCAGAGCUUCAAGCAGAACUGCUACUCGAAUCAGUUCAAGCAGUCGAUCGUCUACUCCAGCAGCAAUGAGGAGGAUCUCCCCGGCGGCGAGCAGCAGUUAACGGAGCCCAGGCAAACCACCUGCUACUAUUUUGCACCCAGUCGCCACAACAGCAUUUAUGAGCAUCCCUCCUCCGUGGUCGGCGGCUCCUUGCAGUUCGACGCAGGAAAUUCGGGCGCAAACGCAGCCACAUCCGCCGUUGCGGCAGCGGCCGUCGAGAGUCUGAGGCGCAGCAACAGCAUCCUGUUGAGGCAGAACAGCUGCGCGAAGGUAAUCCAACGUCGUGGUAGCGGCGGCAGUGGUUCCCCCACAUCCCUGGGCUCACAAAUGGACGGCCUGGGCAUGGGCAGUACGGCGGGGGGCAGCGCCUGCUGCUCCACCUGCUGCAUGGGUCCGCCGCCGGUGCUGUUUCUCUUUGUCACCCUUCUGAUGACCACCAGUGCCACGGCCAUGCUGUGUGCUGCCAUCAUGACGGAUCACUGGGAGCAUGUCACAUGGGAUCGUAAUAGUCUGGAUCGUUACUCGAAUCGUUCGGGUCUGCAUCUGGAGUGGCUGCUAGAGGACCAGGUGGCCAUGCUCAAGCCGGAUAAGAGAGCCGAUCAUCGAUUUCGUCGCGACUCUGUAUUCCUGGUGCCCAUGCACGGCGGGAUCUGGACCCUGUGCAUUGAUCUGCCCAUCCAGCAGCUGCAGGAGCUGCGGCGCAAUCCGAAAUUCCCACGAGGAGCCCCUCCAUGUGUCAACUAUCUGGCGGGCUCCAUGGAGAAUGCACGCGGGGAGGAGCAGCGCAACGAUUGGCAGCACAGUGAGUCACAGGUCAUCACUCUGCAGCCGCAUCUGAGAAUGCAAAAUCUCUCCAUAUCCUGCUCAUUGGUGUGCCUCAUUAUAUUGGGCAGUGCCGCUUUGGUUGGAGCCUUUGGCGUCUGUCAGCGUCAGAUCAGUGCAAUCCUCAUCACAGGUGUGAUGUAUCUCCUGGCAGCUCUCUUUGCACUCUUUACGCUGAUGAUCAUCCAUUUUAAGCGACAGCAGGGACGCCCAAUGCUGGACAGCGACUAUGAUGGCACUGUGGAUGGCAUUGUGGCACGUCCCGGGGGAGUGGCCAUCAUGGCCAAGCCACUGUUGGGCGCACGGAUAUUCCUCACGUCCUGGAGCCUGGACUUGGGAUGGGGCGGCGUUGUGCUGUGCGCCAUCACCUCGGUGCUGUGGAUUUUGCUGUCAAAGAUCAUGCGGUAUAACCCAUUUUCGGCUUUAAUGAUUUAGCUAAACGCCCUGCCGCUCGGCGGCUAUGGAUAUGCCGGCAGCAGCUAUGGCAGCUACGGCAGCACCAAUAGCACCAGCAGCGGUGGCAGCUCCAGUUUCCUGCUGGCAGCCGUCACCUCGUCGCAGCGGCAAAAGGAGCAUCGUGGGGGCAAGGGUAAAUACAUUCUGUAGAAUGUGUCUCGGAGUCCUGUCCCCUGGCUUCCACCUAUCUAUCUUUGUUUCCAUCUUUUGGUGUAAUUUAUACUCAAACUUAUUUCGAAUCGUUCUUCAACGUGUGCUCUUAAUCCUUAAUCUUACAUUAAUGUACGAAGAAAACAAAAAACAAACUCAAUUGCCUUGUUCUUAUAUACAACUUAAUCUAUAAUUAAUUAUUAUUGCGGAACAUUAUGUACUUUAACCAAAAUGUAAAUUCAAUUUACACUCUAUCUUUACAAGUAAACCCUCUCCACCCCUUUUUGUAUUCUACACGAUUCUACACAACACCAGUACUAAUACUAAAACUAAUUCAAAUCUAUAACUAACUUUAAAAGCAUAUGUAAAAUGUGAGACAUUUAUUUACACGAAAACAGCAACAACAACCACAAAAC